UUUAUAUUUUAAUUGCUAUUCGAUUUUUAAUAUUAAACAGUUUGUUAUACUCUUAUUCGUGUUGAAAUUUCAAUAACGCAAUUUUAAAAAUUUUGAAGAUUUUCUUUUGCAUUCGUCCCUCUACAUUUGAUACUUUUUUGGCAAAUUUUUGUUAGGUUAGAUCCGUUUAACCUACAAAUUACACAAUUGUCAAAGUCAAAUUAGAACGAUGAAUGCGUUACAAUUAAUAUCAAGAUCCCCUUGGCAACAUCUGAAAGCAGCGAUCAAUCCCGCUGUGACACGAUUCAAUUACUCAAACAACUUAGGAAACAUCUCCAAACUAUUCUCGACGCAAGUAGCAACUCAAGAACAAGCAGAACCAGACAAAUUAUACAAACUCAUUGAGUUGGAGUUAAGAGGAAAUGAUCCUGCUGUUUUAAAAAGUUAUUGCAAGUUUGCUGUCACUGCUGGCAAUCAUUUGAAUGUAAAAUCUACUUCUUGGAGUGCUAGAAAACCACACCAUGAUCGAUUGACUGUAUUAAGAUCAGUCCAUAUCUACAAAAAGGCAAUGGUUCAAUAUGAGUUUAGGACAUAUUUUUCUUUUAUACAAUUUGAAAAACUGACAGGCUCCACUGCAGACACACUUUUAGAGUACAUACAAAGAAAUUUGCCUGAGGGUGUUAGUUUGAAGACUUCUACUGUGGAACUGCAACCUUUGCCAUCAUUUAUUAAUGAAAAAGAUAGUUAGGAUUUUAUAAAUAAAGUAAUUUUAUUAUA